UGUAGCUGUUUAUGGUCCAUAAAUUAGCCGGCAGUGAGGCUUGUGUUCUUGAAGAACAAAUUUGGCCCAAGUGGGCAGGGCUCGGUGUAACAGCUCCACUCUCCACUAGAUGGCGCUGCUAGCCUACUGGGGUGGAUUGUUGCGGUGCUCAUAGGUGCGCAUGCGCAUGAGCAGGAGCCGUGAAAAAUGGUGCCACCCAGCCAGCCAGUCUGUUCUCCUGGAUCAGCAAUUGCGCGCAGGUCCUCCGUCUUCAGCUCUUGUCCGCUCCCCGCUUUUUCACUCUCCAUGAUCAGGCCCCAGGCAGUACCUCUCUCCCAAGUUUUGUCUCAGAUGCGGCUGUUUUCCCCGGCCCCUUACUUCCGAAGGACUGCAGCUUUGACCCGGUCCGCCUCUCUGCGGGAGGGCCUCACCGAACAAUGGCCAAAUGAGCAAUGGCCAAAUGUCGGCUGCACCCAGGAACACCCGCUGGACCCUGCUGCUGCCGGUGUCCCAAGACUGCGGCCCCGUGCCAGCCCGCCCCCAAAAAAGAUCGCGAGACAGUGUAGCAUCAGCGUUUCAGGGAUUAUGGAAAAUUGCAACACACAUCUGGCACCAGGCUUUACCCUCAAUGACCUUGCCCCAGGACCAGCGAAUGUGGCCGCCUUCCGGGGUCUGCUGGGACCAGGUGGCUUCAACAGUCUCUACCAAAUGUCCUUCCAAUGGUGGAACCGCUUUUCCCGUGUGGCCCAAGAACCUCCUGGACCCCACUCCGUUCCUGGGGAUUCACCUUUCCCACCAGAGCACCGCCAGAGGAAGAGAGAGAGCACAUAAGGGAGAAGGGCAGAGAGACAGAGAUGCAGAAUCUGAAGCAGGCUCCUGACUCCGAGCUGUCAGCACAGAGCCCGACGCGGGGCCCGACCCCACGAACUGUGAGAUUGUGCCCUGAGCCGAAGCCGGACGCCCAACCUACCGAGCCACCCAGGCGUCCCAAGAGAUGCCCAUUUCUAACAAGUAAGGCCAGGGGCCAUAACAUCUUCCAGUUGCGGAUUGUUGCCAUGGCUUUGCAGUGACGCAGAGAGAGUUUGCUUCAAAUCCGGAGGAUGAUGCUGUGCGCUGAAGGUCGGCUUGGGCUUUGUCUCACGUAUGACUUGUUGAGCGAGCAAGGCAGACCACUCCACUUUAGCCCAACGGCAGAUGACUCCCAGGAGGAGAAAACGGAUGACUGACGGCAAGAGCUACAUCUUGCAACCACUCUUUCCUCGCCAGCUCCACCUCUAGUCGUUCUUAAAUUUUAUAGUUAAUAGUACCCCAGGGAGACUUCAGGCUGCUCCGUUCCUCACGUAGCAAGGAACUUUGGCACCUGGCAUGUUUGUGUUAAGUAAGCAAGCAAACAAAACCCCAGGCGAUUUGUGACUGUAAGUUAGCUGCAGAUGGUGUGAGAGCCAAGUCAAGGUCAUAGCAAGUUGCCCCAGUGAUUUGAAUCCUAAAGUCAAUUAACAUUUGUCGGGCUCCUACUUUCUCAAAGGUUGGGCCCCGAGGAAGCUGCAGAUGAGCGGGCCCAUCUCCUCCUUCACAGAGUCUGUCAUGGAGUGAGGAGGCUAACGAGUAAACCAGUGGAGCACAAGGGCAUAGGAAAUGCACCUACGCCAUCAUGGUAACGUGGAGAAGGGGAAGAUUACAUUUUACCAGAAGGAUCAAGAUUUUAAAAGAAAAGGAUUCUGAUGAAUUCUUGAUCUCGGCCUUAGCUCAUCUGCCAACAGCCAUAGAUAUAACAGUCACCUCCUUGCCCCUCUCCUGGAGGUGUGUGAGGUUCCUGGACCCUACAAGACUCUACCGUCCUGGACCUUUAUGCCUCUGGCUUGCACAAUUGACAGAAGGCAGGAUUCAGGGGAGAGUAAGCUGCUGCUCAGCUCUAUUCAUCCCUAAGGAGUCUCAUCCUCAAGGUGCAGAGGCCCUAGGAAUUGGAGACCUAUCCUAUGGGGCUCUUGGAAUCCCAACCCAGAUACUGGAGAAUAAUGUCCAGGAAAAGGUGUAAUAGUGCUGACUGAAAGAGAAUGGAGGAAAUUGGGAAGUAUAUACCUAGGCCUAGACACUCUCUCUGCUUGAUAUGAUAUGGUUACAUUUUUUCCUGUUUUGAGAAUAAGUGGAAGACAGAUGCCGACUUUAUAAAUAUAACAAGAGAAGAGCACCGCGAUUUGUAUACCAGUGUCGAUUCAGUGAGCGAAUCCACUCAGCUUCUUAAACUACAAACUGGGAUACUGUAUGUGUGUGGGUGCGCGUAUGUGUGUGUGUUCCUGGAUUCCCUCACACUUUAGUUGUAGUGUCCUCCUUUGUAGAAUGGGUUUAUUCCCAACCGCAUAGGUUCGUGAGGAUUAAAUAGCCUUUGUUUUGUGAGACCCCCUUAUUAACAGUAAUAUCGACACUACUCACAAAGUCUGAGACACCCUGACGUUGGCUACUGUUAUUAAGUCUACUGGAAAAUAAGAUAACCCUUUCCAGAGAAACUCAAAACCGUCCCAAAGCGCAGCGUGAUCCCGCCUCUUAUCACAUCAGCGUUGUCUGUCGGUCAAUUAGUGUGUAGUGACAGUGGGGCUGAGUUUCAAAAAGAUACAGUUGAAUGAGGACCUUAUUAUUUGCCCUCCUUUCUUCUGUCUCAAAGGGCUCUCAGUGUAAGGAGUUUUAGGCAGAUGUAUUACCUGUGUAUCUUAAAUCGAUGGUUGAAAAUGUUAACAUAGUUACAAAGUGCUUUGAAGAAAAAAAAUUCGUUCCAUUUUCAGUGUGAAAGUGACAUUGGUACUGUAUAAGAAACACUCUAGGCAGACAAUGGUUUAAUCCCUGAAGUAUUGGGUGUAUAUCCUAAAACCUUCAAGUGUCUGGAGAAGUGGUUUCCUUCUUAAAAUGGACCAUAUCCUGCUCUGCGUGCCAGAAAUCUGACUGUGUAAUUAGGAGACAUCUCCUUCCCUGACUGUGAGCAUUCAGCCUGUGCUGGGUUUCCAUGGAUAAACAAGGAGCCCCUGGAUUCUCACCAGGAGGGAGCCAGCGGCUGAAGGCAAUGUUCCUUCCUUGGAGAGGGCACAUCUUUUUUGAGAAGUGAAAUACUUUUUAGCCAAACAACAACAACAACAACAACAACAACAACAACAACAACAAAAACCCCAAACCUGUUGCUCCAAAGUUUUCAUUACUGACUCAGUAUUCAGUUAGAAUUUCUGUGGCAAAUGCUGGUGUGGAAGAGACAGUGUCAGGGGAAAUUGCACACUGAUGAAUACAACAGAUGAUGCAUGGAGGCAAUAUUAAAUAAAUAUUGAACUUUAAGAAAUACCAUGUGAUAGUCAAGUGUGUAGGAAUGAAAUAAUAGGAGAUCUGGGGUUUGCUUUAGAAUAACCCAGCUGA